AAUGCGGAAGCACUCGCGCAAAUUCGCCGCCACGUGGAGAACGAGGUGCCGGAAGCGAUUACGCAUUUGGGAAAUGUGUACCGUGUCGGUCAGUUGGGCCUUGUGAAAUCCGAUAAGAAAGCCGCGAAGAUUUACCGGCGCGCCGUGGAACUCGGCAACGUGGACGCGAUGACAUUUCUGGGGGACAUGUACGACGAGGGUUUGGGCGUCAAGCUGGACAAGAAGAAGGCGGAGGAGCUGUAUCGCACGGCCGCAGAUCGGGGCCACGCAGUCGCGCAAUGCAAUUUGGCGUUUGUACUUGGUUCUCAGAAAAAAAAAGAGGAAGCGUUCCGGUACUGCGCGCUCGCGGCGGAUCAAGGCUAUACCUUUGCAGAGAACAACCUUGGCUGCUGUUACAGGGACGGAGCAGGCACGGAACUUGCGCAACUUCGCCGCCAUGUGGAGAACGAGGUGCCGGAAGCGAUUACGCAUUUGGGAAGUGUGUACCGCGAAGGUUUGUUCGGCCUCGUGAAAUCCGAUAAGAAAGCCGCGAAGAUUUGGAAGCGCGCCGUGGAGCUCAGAGAUGUGCGGGCGAUGGUAUUUCUUGGUUCACUUUACGAGCAUGGAAGUGGCGUCAAGCUGGACAAGAAGAAGGCGGAGCGGCUGUAUCGCGCGGCCGCAGAUCGGGGCCACGCGGUCGCGCAAUUCAAUGUAGGGAUUUUACUUUUUUCUGAGGAGAAAUUUGAAGAAGCGUUCCGGUACUACGCGCUCUCGGCGGAUCAAGGCUAUACCGCUGGAGAGAAUAACCUUGGCUGCUCGAUUUCGCAUUUGGGAAUUGCGUACCGCUGCGGUCGUUACGGUCUCGUGAAAUCUGACAAGCCAGCCGCGAAAAUUUGGAAGCGCGCCGUGGAGCUUGGGAACGUGGACGCGAUGAGACACCUUGGGGCAAUGUACGAGCAUGGAAGUGGCGUCAAACUGGACAAGAAGAAGGCGGAGCGGCUGUAUCGCGCGGCCGCAGAUCGGGGCCACGCAGUCGCGCAAUGCAAUUUAGGGAUUUUCCUUGAUUCUGAGAAGAAGUUUGAAGAAGCGGUCCGGUACUUCGCGCUCGCGGCGGAUCAAGGCUAUACCGAUGCGGAGCAAAACCUUGGCUGCUGUUACAUGGGCGGAGAAGGCACGGAAGUCGACCUCGGCAAAGCCAGAUACUGGUUCGAGCGCGCCGCUGCCAAGGGCCACGAGAAAGCUAUACAGGCCCUCGCGCGCCUUGACGCGCGCACUGGAAGUGGCGUCAAACUGGACAAGAAGAAGGCGGAGCGGCUGUUUCGAAUGGCCGCAGAUCGGGGCGACGCGGGCGCGCAAUCCAAUUUAGGGAUUUUACUUGCGUCUGAAGAGAAAUUUGAAGAAACGUUCCGGUACUUCGCGCUCGCGGCGGAUCAAGGCUGGACCAAUGCGGAGAAUAACCUUGGCAUUUGUUACAGGGACGGAGACGGCACGGAAAAAGCCGCGAAGAUUUACCGGCGCGCCGUGGAGCUCGGAAAUGUGGACGCGAUGCUCAAACUUGGGUUCUUGUACGAGAAUGGGAGUGGCGUCAAACUGGACAAGAAGAAGGCGGAGCGGCUGUAUCGCAUGGGCGCGGACCGGGGCGACGCGGUCGCGCAAAACAAUGUGGCGUUUUUACUUGUUUCUGAGAAGAAAUUUGAAGAAGCGUUCCGGUACUUUGUGCUCGCGGCGGAUCAAGGCCUUACCUCUGCAGAGAACAACCUUGGCAUGUGCUACAGGCGCGGAGAAGGCACAGAAAAGAAAUUUGAAGAGGCAUUCCGGUACUACGCGCUCGCGGCGGAUCAAGGCUAUACCGAUGCGGAGCAUAGCCUUGGCUACGCGUACCGCCGCGGUCUCUACGGCCUCGUGGAAUCCGACAAGAAAGCCGCGAAGAUUUAUCGGCGCGCCGUGGAGCUCGGGAACGUGGACGCAAUGAAUAAUCUUGGGCUCUUCUACAAUAAUGGGUUCGGCGUCAAGCUGGACAAGAAGAAGGCGGAGCGGCUGUUUCGCACGGCCGCGGACCGGGGCGACGCGGCCGCGCAAACCAGUUUAGGGUUUUUACUCGAUACUGAGGAGAAACAUGAAGAAGCGUUCCGGUGUUACGUGCUCGCGGCGGAUCAAGGCUAUACCACUGGAGAGCUCAACCUUGGCAUUUGCUACGAGCAAGGAGAAGGCACGGAAGUCGACCUCGGCAAAGCCAGAUACUGGUUCGAGCCCGCGAAGAUUUGGAAGCGCGCCGUGGAGCUCGGAAGCGUGGAGGCGAUGGUAUUUCUUGGGGAAUUGUACGAGCAUGGAAAUGGCGUCAAGCUGGACAAGAAGAAGGCGGAGCGGCUGUGGCGCAUGGCCGCGGACCGGGGCAACGCGACCGCGCAAUGCAAUUUAGGGGUUUUACUUCACUCUGAGGAGAAAUUUGAAGAAUCGCUCCGGUACUACGCGCUCUCGGCGGAUCAAGGCUAUACCCCCGGAGAGAUCAACCUUGGAGGUUGUUACAGCGACGGACAAGGCACGGAAGUCGACCUCGGCAAAGCCAGAUACUUGUUCGAGCGCGCCGCUGCCAAGGGCCACGAGCUAGCUACAAGGAACCUCGCGCGCCUCGACGCGCGCGCAUAG